GAGGUGAAGUGAGUAACAAAGCGACAUCCACCAAUACAGGACACAAGAAAAUAAACUUCAGGAUGUUUCAGAGGUUCUGCUCCAGCGCUGUUUGGACACAUUGUGCUUUUGCCUCACAAGUGGAAACACACUCAACGGUGCAUUAUUGAGAGAAAAUAGUAAGGAGACCUUUUAGAUGACCAACGAAGAUAUUUUGCAAAAAAAGGGCACACCUACAUGCAUGACUAAUAAGGAGAUUUUUUUUCUAUAGUUUUGAACAUUAAACACCCAAUGAAUAUGGAAGGAAUUGUUGAAAAUGGAUCCCCAUUCCAUCCAAAAAGUGACAUAAAUGUGGCUCCAGUUAUGGAACCUCGGCAUGCUUGGAUGAAGACAUUUGUCAAAUGCCUUGGCUCUAAAACAGUAACAAUUGUUAUUCACACUGAAAAGAAACCCUACAAACCAGGCGAAGGCAUCCAAGUCAUUGUUGAAGCCAUCAACAGGUCGACUUGCUCGUUGAUGCUCAAGUACAUAUUGCAACGGAAGCAAAGUCGGAUUUCCCCGGGUAAAAGGAUAACUGGCGUGUGUCCAAUCGCUGAGAAAGUUGCCAAGCGUGUUCGCGCCUACAGCAGAAAGACGAUGCUCGAUGUGAUCACCAUCCCGAGAGGGAGCCCUCCCACCAUCUCCAUGGGUUCACCCAUUGAACUUCACUACGAGUUGAAGGUCUGUGUGUAUAUGACUGGCUCAAACUCAGCUUAUCUCAGCUGGCCAAUAGUUGUGCUCCCCUGCAGUCUACAUUCCGCCAAACGACAUCAACAGUCACUCAAUGCUUUAACUCCGGGAGAUGUUCUUCAUCCAAUCCCAAACCAGCAAAAGCCGAGACCUGGGAAACCACCACGAAAAGCCAACUCUAUGGAACUGCCUCCUGCAUUUUGAAAUUCCUAACUGCACAGCUAACUGCUCGCUAAUUAUGGGAAACUCAUGCUCUCUUAUCUUUAGGAUGGAAUUCAUAUAGUAGUCCUAAUGGAUGAAAAUUGUAUCCAAGCAUGUAAACUGUAAAUUGUAAUUGUUUGAAGCUCUUGCUCUCUUAUCUUUUCGAUGGAAUUCAUAUACUGUCUAAUUUUGUCAUAGUAAACUAAAAUUAAAAUGUUCUUGCUAUCUUGUAAGAUUAGACAAAUACUAUAGAAACUGUAAAAAUUAAUAAUAAUAAAAAAAUCGUAUUUAUGGA